AUGUCGGUUGUCGAUGCUGCCAAGAAUACUGUGAACGAGUUGCGACUCAACGUGACAAGCUUCUAUCAAGAUCCUGAAGCUCGCAAUUUGCUUCAGUCGGAGGAAGCGGCGAGAACGCUAGCGGACUCGGAUGUUGAAGAUUAUUUGCGUAAUGAGAGAGUCUAUGAGUGCGUCAUCGGAAGCUCGGUAUGCCGUUUGGCUCGCUCGUCAAUGCUGGCACUUUCUCUCUUCUGCACUAUUGCCAUCGCUGUUGUUAUCAUUACCAUCGUUCUUCUUUGCACGUUCUACACAUUGGCAACUCCAUCGCAAGUCCCCGACGACAUUAGCAACGAGGAUGUGAUUGGCGUCAUCAACUGGUUGCACUACCCAAUCGGUGAUCUCGCCCUUCGCCGUCUCAAUCAUACCAAAUACCAUUGA